UAGUCACACCCACUCGAUGAGGAGCUGUUCGGGUGGUUUCGGUCAGAUUUUAGGAAACCGCUGCACGCCAAAGAGAGCAGGCGCACCGAAUUCCCAAGAGCCAGAGCCGGAGAUAGGAUCACUAAUUAGGAAUUUCCCUUCUGAAAAGAGAACAACGACCCGUUUUAAAGUUGCCUUUUGUUUUUCAAAAUGGACGCACAUAAAGUUUUGCACAACUUUUUUUUCUUGACACAUUCUGAAGCAGCACAUCCUCUCUGAAAAUCUGCAUUUUGGAAAUAUUAUCGGAAAAGUGGGGAUAUCAGGGUGUCAGAAGUUUCCAGCAAUGCACCAGUUACAUCCACCAGUGUUUGGAGCGCAUAAUAAAAGCAGAAGUUCUCUUCAGGAACUGGGGCUGGACGGAGGGGAUAACAGUUUGGUUUUAUAACUUCUGUGCGCCCUCUCCUCCUCUUUUCUCUUCUCUGCUUCAGCCUUUGGAGCCUGAAAUAGAGUGGAUAAACGAUUUAUGCGGAUAAAAUAACUUCCCAGCGAUUUAAGUCGACGGUUUUGCGACUUAGGAGAUACAGAAUAACCCGUCUGAACUUCUAGAAAUUGUAAAGAAAAGGAAUGCUGAGCAGAAGAGGCGCAUGGAGAGAUGCUGUUUCUUCUACCAUGGAUCUAAAGGGAACUUUAGCAGUUUUACUGCUUUUGCUUCAAUGCUUGAGCCCUGUUUUCAGUCAAGAACUCAAUCCAAAGGGUAGGAACGUGUGCAAAGUUCCAGGGUUACCAGGGUUUAUGUGUUGCAGUGGAUGGGCGCAGCAAGGCGAAGAGUGUUUAACACCGCUUUGCGAAGGUAACUUCACUUGUAAUGAGAACGAGGUGUGUGUCCGACCAAACGAAUGUCGCUGUCGUCAUGGAUAUUUUGGGGCAAGUUGUGACACAAAGUGUCCCGUUCAGUUCUGGGGUCCAGACUGCAAGGGCUUGUGCAUGUGUCACCCUAAUGGUAAAUGCAAUGAUGUGACCGGGAAGUGCACGUGCUACCCAAACCGCUGGGGUGAGAACUGCGAGAAGCCCUGCAACUGUCAAAAAGGGAAAUGUAACCAGGAGACGGGCAAAUGUACCUGCCACACCGGUUACUGGGGGCCGCAAUGCAACAACAACUGCUACUGCAGCAUCAACUCGGUGUGCGACCAGAACACGGGCCGGUGCAUCUGCAACCCCGGCUGGUUCGGCCGGAACUGUGGCAAUCAGUGCAUGUGUAACAACUCGCCUUGUGAGCAGUUUUCAGGCCGAUGUCAGUGCAGGGAGAGGCUCUGGGGUCAGCACUGUGAACGGCACUGUCAGUGCAUGAACGGCAAGUGUAACCCUGUGGAUGGAUCAUGUACCUGUAAACCCGGAUAUAGAGGAAAGCUAUGCCGGGAGCCAUGUCCAGCUGGGUUCUAUGGACAGAACUGCAGAAACAGGUGUGGCCACUGUAAAGGCCAACAGCCCUGUAAAGUGACGGAGGGUCACUGUGAAACCUGUGAAACCGGCUGGAAUGGGACAAAAUGUGAUCAGAUGUGUGCAGAGGGUUACUUUGGAGAGAACUGUAAGGAUCAGUGUCCACCGUGCAAAGAUGGUCACUUCUGCAACCGCAUCGACGGGAAGUGUUCCCACUGCAAUCCCGGCUGGAUUGGAGAUCGCUGUGAGGUGCGCUGUCCUAAUGGCACCUAUGGAGAAAACUGUGAAAAAGACUGCAGCCAUUGUUUUAAUGGAGACUGCCAUUUUGCCACAGGAGAGUGUCUCUGUGACCCUGGCUUCUAUGGGACAUACUGCAACCUGACCUGUGAGUUUGGUCAGUUCGGAGUGAACUGUGCCCAGACCUGUCCCUGUCAUGACAAGAACUGCAACCCAGUGUCAGGGGCCUGCAACUUAUAUCCCAAUCAGCGGAUGGGAGUAAUAGCUGCGGGAACCCUGGUGACAUUCCUGCUGGUGGUUCUUCUCUCUCUACUGUGCUGCUGCUUUCUCUGUAGCAACAAAGACAACCGCAACCCUGACCAGGAAAACUCCACCAACAGCAAGAAGGCCAAAAUAAUCCUCUGCGGUGGAUUCAGUCGAAUCAGCACCAAACUCCCCAGAAUCCCUCUGAGAAGACAAAAACUACCCAAAGUUCUUGUCACCCACCACGAUCCUGAGAACACCUUCAACAGUAUUAUCGAGCCGCCCUCCUUGGUGGACCAGCCUUCUCCAUCAUGGUCAUCCCAGGAGUCCUUCUCUUCCUUUGAGACGAGCGAAGAUGGGCCUGUUUACUGCAUACCCCACGAAGAGACUACGAAUGACACCUGUAACAAGCAAAAUUCUAGCACUGUUCAAGAAAUACCACUGACCCCCAUUGACGAUGACGCAGGAGAGUACACGUCCCUCAAAGACAUGAAGCAGUACAUUAGCGAUGGGAGCGAGCAGCCUCUCCUGAAGUCUUCAGACAGCGAGGGCUCCACCAGUGGUUCUGAGUCAACCACAGGAGCUGUUUACGCCCAUGUCGCCCGCCUUUCCAAACACUCCAAAGAGGAGGAGGACAACGCCUCACCGGAGAAGACGAAAGAGAAGACAAAACCUCGUCCUCCAGACCCUUCAACCAAACCGAAGGUGUCUUGGAUCCACGGAACAUCUGGAACCAACCCAACAGAGCAAAGCCAGACUCCAUCACCGCAUAAAGAGAAUAGGAAGAACAAAUCAGAAGGUUCUGGAAAGGUGGAUGAGAAGCAGCGAUCAAAGGAGAAGUCAAGCAAGAACCAUGAAAAGCAUCAGGAUGCUAAGAAAGCAGAUGGACCUGAAUCACCAAGCAAAAGCAAAUCUCACAAAGCUUCGGAUACCAUUGAGCACCUCAAUGGAACAUUUCAGAAUGCCCUGAAGAAGAUCGGAAACUUCCACUCGGACAAGAAAUCAAAUGACAUCAACAAAGAUCCACCCAAGAGCCCAAAGAUCAUGCAUCCGCAUAUGAACUCUGAGGCCGCCACGCUGCUUGCGGCUCAGCUGAAGGAAAAAACCCAAAGCCUUAAUCGUAACGAGGGUCUCACUGUGGGCAUUAAACCCAAUGGUGUAUCAACACCUCAAGCCAACAGAGAGAAACCCACCCCUCCUCAAAAGACUAAGCGGUCUGCAACUGGGACCAACAAGCUCCUUCUUCCCACCUCCGGCAACCUCCAGAAGAUGGUGGCUCCUAUUUCAGACUCUACCCCUGAACCUAAAAGCCCAGAAAAACAAGGAGUCAAUGGGACCAGGGUUGAAGGAGACACCACAGCAAAGAAAACACCCAUCAAAAAACCACCAAGAAAGAAAGGAAAGGAGGUAACACUGGAGACGGAAGGCAAAACCACUCCAAAGACGGCCAUUAUGCCACCUCAGACUGUCAAAUAGAUGUUUGAUCACAUUGGUGUGUCCAUUUUUGAGAAUAUAAACAUACAUUUUUUCUUUCUUUAAACAUUAUAUAGGAAUUGAAUGGAUUUUCUUUUCUUUUUUUAAAGGACAAGCUGCUUUUAUGAUUUAAUAUUUUGAAGGAUUGUGGUUCUCGUUAACUCUUUGAAUACCUGGAAUCGGAAACAACGUUGUGGCUGGUGUACAGUUUUAAAAAGGAAGAGUAAUUGAAUUUAAUGUAUUAAGCUCAUGUUGUAUGCUCAAUUUUGCAUAUUCAUUACACCACGUCCAAAGAGAGAUUUUUCAAUGCUUUCGUAAUUGUGUGAUCAACAGGUUUUUGUGUCUGAAAGGUUGAAUUUAGCACUGUAUUCAAAUGUAUAAAUAAUGAACCAAAGGUACUUUAAAGGUAUCUUUCACGUUCAUCAGUCCUUCACCUUCAUUCUUUUUAAGCUUAAAAUGAGUGAUAUCUAUUCUUGCUGUUGAAGCUUAGCACUAGUUUUUCCUUUUUCCAUAAAGAACCCAUAGUUGGUAUUGCAUUUUUAAUAGGCCAUAUAAUGAUUUUUUGUUUGU